AUGUUUAGUAAAAGGGAGAAAAAAAAUAUAUUAAUUUUUCUUAUAAAAACUUUUACAUUUAUCCUUUUAAUUUGGAUACUACAAUGUUCUAAUAAUUGGAAAUUUUUUAAAUCAUUAAGUUAUAAAAAUGACUUAAAAAACACAUUAAAUUUAGGAGUUAAAAGAACUUUGGCACAAAAAGAUAUAAUAAAAGAAAAAAGCGAAAAACCAAAAUUCUGUGACCUAGGAAUAAUAGAAACCAAUAUAGAAUCAAGGAGCGAUCAAAGAAAAAUAGGAAAGAAAAUAGAUAUAGAACAAGUAGAUGAAAACAAUAUGGAACAAAGAAACGAAAUAGAGACAAAAGAGAAAAAUAAAAAAGUAAAAUUGAAUGAGAGAAUUUUAGGAAAAUGCAAAGAUAAUUUAAAGCUAGUUUCAUUAUCUUUUGCUAUUUU